UGAUACACUCAAGUCUUUCAAUUUUGUCUUAUUCUUCUUCUCAUUUCCAUUUUGUUUUUCAAUGUGAGAAGUAAUAAUAAAUUAAUAACAAGCCGAGUUUCAUUACCUUUACAGAGAAAAAAAAUGAAGAUAUUGAGUAUGCUUAAGUUAGUUACAGUACUUUUUGUUGUGGUGUUGCAGUUGUUUUUUAAUGGAGCUGUUGGUUGCUUAGACAAUGAGAGAAAAGCUCUCCUUCAGUUGAAGGCCAGCCUUGUGUUGAAUGACACUUCCUUGUUGACUACAUGGGAUGGUAAGAGUGAUGAUUGCUGUGCAUGGGAAGGAAUCUGCUGUAACAAUCAAACUGGCCAUGUUGAGAUGUUUCAUCUAAAUCCUCCUCAGUUUGGUUAUUUUCCAGGCACGAUCAACACAUCACUGAUGGAGUUGAGACAUUUAAAAUAUUUGAACAUAAGUGGGAGUGGGCUUCCAAACAGUAUUUUUUCAGAAUUAUUUGGUUCUCUUACCAACUUGAGAUUCCUUGACCUCCGUGCUUCAUUUCUUGUGGGAAGAAUUCCAAAUGAUCUUGCUCAUCUUUCUCACCUGCAAUAUCUUGAUCUUUCACAUAAUCAACUGGAGGGUACAAUCCCUCGUCAACUUGGAAAUCUCUCUCAUUUGCAGUACCUUGAUCUUUCAUGGAACAAUCUUGUUGGAACCAUUCCUCAUCAACUUGGAAGCCUUUCAAAGUUGCAGGAGCUUAAUCUUAGAGACAAUUACAGACUCAAAUUUGAAGAUAAGAAUAACCAUGUUGGAGGUCAGUGGCUUUCUAAUCUCACUCUUUUAAUCCAUCUUGACUUGAGUGGCAUACCCAAUCUCAAUUCUUCUCCUCUCUGGUUACAAACUAUUGCCAAGCUUCCUAAAAUACGAGAAUUGAAGUUAUCUUAUUGCGACCUUUCUGAUCUUUACCUCCAUUCUCUGUCCCAUUCACGGUUCAACUUUUCUACUUCUCUUGCCAUCCUUGACCUUUCACAAAAUACCUUUUCAUCUUCCAAAAUAUUUGAAUGGGUGUUUAAUGCCACCUCUAACUUAAUUGAGCUUGAUCUUAGCGAUAACAAAUUCAAUGACACCAUUCCAUAUGAUUUUGGCAACAUACAAAACCCUCUUCAACGGCUCGACUUGUCGGCAAAUGAACUACAAGGUGGAGUUCCAGAAUCUAUUAGACAUAUAUGUAUGUUACACUCAUUGGAUCUUGAUCUCACUGACUUGAAUGACGACAUUUCAACCAUUCUACACAAAUUGUCGGGCUGUGCAAGAUACUCACUCCAACAUUUGAGUUUAGCUUCUAACCAAAUUACUGGAACAUUUCUUAAUCUUUCAAUAUUCCCAUCUCUAAUAACAAUCGACCUUUCAAAUAAUAUGUUAAGUGGCAAGGUGCCAUAUGGAAUUCCAAAAUCAUUGGAGUCUUUCAUAUUUAGUUCAAACUCUUUAGAAGGUGGAAUUCCUAAAUCAUUUGCUAACCUAUGUUCAUUAAAAUCACUAGAUUUGUCAACUAACAAGCUGAGUGAAGAUCUUUCAGUGAUACUACAUAUUUUAUCUUUUGGGUGUGCAAAAGAUUCACUUCAAGAAUUAUUCUUGGAUAGCAACCAAAUUACUGGCAAAGUACCCAUCAUGGCAGGGUUCUCAUCAUUAGUGAAGUUGAACUUUGAAGACAACAUUUUAGAAGGUGAGAUCACUGACACACACUUUGACAACAUGACCAUGUUAAAGGAAUUAAACUUGAAUGACAAUUCAUUGUCAGUGAUAUUCAGUGAAAAUUGGGUCCCAACUUUUCAAUUGUCUAACUUACGUUUAAGGUCUUGUACUGUUGGGUAUAGUUUUCCAAAAUGGCUGCGAAGUCAAAAAGAUCUUGAACAUGUGGACAUUUCCAAUGCUGGAAUCUCAGGUGUAGUUCCAAUGUGGUUUUGGACUCAAGCCACGAAUAUAGCAAUCAUGAACUUUUCUUACAAUAAUCUCACCGGCACUAUUCCAAAUUUGCCCACAAGAAUUUCUGAAGGUUGUCAAGUAAUUCUUGAAUCAAAUAAAUUUGAAGGUAUUGUCCCUCUAUUUUUUCGUAGUGCAUCAUUGCUUCAGUUGUCGAAGAACAAAUUUUCUGAAACUCCUAUGUUCUUAUGCGUUAACAUUACAACUGAUAGAUUGACGACAAUAGACAUAUCCAAGAAUCAAUUAUCAGGGAAGCUUCCUGAUUGUUGGAGCAAUAUGGAAGCAUUGGAAAAUCUAGAUUUGAGUGAUAAUACUCUCUCAGGUGAAGUUCCUUCCUCCAUGGGAUCAUUAAUUCAACUUAAGGUAUUGAUAUUGCGAAACAAUAGCUUCACUGGGAAGUUGCCUCUCUCCUUGAAAAAUUGCACAGAACUAAUCAUGCUAGAUGUUGGAAAUAACAAAUUCUCGGGACCAAUACCGUAUUGGUUAGGACAACAAUUGCAAAUAUUAAGCUUACGAAGGAAUCAAUUUUAUGGAAAUCUUCCGCGGAGUCUCUGUUACUUAACAAACAUUCAGUUGUUGGACCUCUCUGAAAACAAUCUGUCAGGACAAAUUUUCAAAUGCAUAAAGAAUUUUUCUGCAAUGUCUCCAAAUUUUUUCUCAACUAGUCCCAUAGACUCUGGUUUACUUUAUCCAGUUGAUUCUGGAGAUAUUUUUGAUGGUUUUAAUUUGAAUGCAUUGUUGAUGUGGAAAGGUGAAGAACGAUUGUUCAAGAAUAAUGAGCUUAUUUUGAGGAGCAUUGAUCUUUCAAGCAAUCAAUUGAUAGGAGACAUUCCAAAAGAAAUAGGAAACUUGAUAGAAUUGGUAUCACUGAAUUUAUCAAACAACAAUUUGACAGGAGAAAUUACUUCAGAGAUUGGAAGGUUAACAUCACUUGAAUUUCUUGACUUGUCAAGAAAUCAUUUCUAUGGUUUAAUUCCCCCUUCUUUAACUCAAAUUGAUCGCUUGUCCAUGUUGAAUUUAUCUGAUAACAAUCUUUCUGGAAGAAUUCCUAUUGGCACGCAAUUACAAAGUUUCGAUGCAUCAAGUUAUGAAGGGAAUGCUGGUCUUUGUGGAAAACCACUUGACAAAAACUGUCCAGGAGAUGAAGAAGAUACACCUUGGAAACCAGAAACAAAUGAAGAAAGUGAACCAGAAGAUAAAAAAUCAAUUUAUUUGAGCGUGGCACUGGGAUUUAUCACAGGAUAUGGAGGACUUUGGGGAUCAUUGUUUCUCAUCAGGACUUGGAGACAUACAUAUGUCUUGUUCUUGAACAACACAGUUGACAUGAUGUAUGUGUUUAUAGUGUUGAAUGGAAUUAAAUUUCAAAGGUGGCUCGGAGGUUUGCAGGAAAAGUUUUUCUAAGCACCUCCAAUAGAAUCACGCGGGGUUUUGUUGAAGAAAGAUAGCAGAAAAAUAAAGGAAUUCAGAGUUCUUUGUCAAGUAUUAGUAAUUUACAUCCCCAAUUUCUGAAGCAUAUACAUGUUAUAUAUGUUGUGAGACUAAUAAUGUUAUUGUCAAAGAAAAAAACAUGUUUUAUAAUCUUGUUAUUCAGAUACUGUAAUGAUUGCACUCUUAGUCCUUCUUCAAUUUUCCAAUAUUGUGUUGUAAUGAAGGAAUUGAAAAAACUAAUAUGAUUGUUGUGAAUCACCAUUUUAUGUUUGUGUUUCUUGACACAAGUAUUAUUAUGAAAUAUGGAUUGCAGAAGAUUGA